CCAUGACCUGUCCUGCAUUACAUAUGCGGAUAACUGACCUUGGGCUUUGGGCAUUGGCUGGAUCCGAUCGUGGAGCUUGCUGCUGUCGAAUUUUCGUGAUCGCGCUUUUAUCUAAUCCAUCAAUCUAAUCAAUCUUCGACUUUGCGCUUCGUAACACAAAUACCAGUACUGGCAAUGACAAGGAUUCAUCCACUAUCCAUCCUAGCACAUAGCUACCCACCCUGGGCAGUAAGAAUUAAACGAGCAACAUGGACUCGUCACUUCGAUAUUCGGCCUUCGUGUGGAUGGUGUGUAGACAGUGCUUAUCAGCCCGGCUCAGCUCGUCUUACCUCGGGCAUUUACAAUAUUCUACCAUUUGCCUACCUAUCUGAUCAAUAGCGCCCGCCAUCUUCCCUGCCUAGCCCUGCGAGCGCUGUACUUUCCACGGCUGUUGUAUGAUUUAUUUAACUUUUUUCCCAUUAAUUCGACUCCAGGGUCCACCUCGCUUUCUGUAUUAAUACGGGCCCAUGCCGACUAAUGCCUCGCGCUUCGUCGACUACUCCUACAAGGGCAAAAGGCCGUCAUGAUUCAUGCCAUGUACUUUCUUCUUCCUGUUCAUCGCCUCCACCCUUUGACCUGGAUCCCCGAAAUAGUCAAGGCGUCCCUCUUAAGGCGAUCCAUCCGCAACGUAUACGGCCCAUUCCUCUAGUUCCAACGGAAGCUCUCUCUCGGAUCUCUGAUGUCUCGAGCCCAUCCAAGCCCACAACCACAGCCGCUACCGGUAAUAUAACACACCCCGCUCUUCCCAUCUCGAGCGAUGCUUCUCAUAUAUCCCGUUCUCCAGACGAGGCGAGCUCGCUGUCAGAUGCCCAUGAUCCUAACGUGAUCAUGUCCAAAGCACCCCUGCUAUUGCGCUCCUCGCCAGGCUUUGGCACAGGGUCAUAUGGCGCGGCCCCCGUUACCCUCGAUACAGACAGCGAUGGUAACCAUCAUUCUCCUACAGCUGCCCUACUGAAUAGGGAUAGCACUGAGAUAACUUCGGAGAGACGACGCCAAUCCAUCGCUAGUACAAUUCACUCCUCGACUUUCUGUACGAGCACGUCUUCAGUAAGUCGAAGACGAAGGAGCCAGUCGGAACAGAUCAACAGGGCCUCGACUGUCGUGGGUGGUCUAGAAGGCCGCUUCGGCGUAUCCGACAACCCCGUUUUAAAUGAUAUCUUGUCUGAUAAUAAUUCAGACAGCUCUACCGUCAAAGGGAGCGCAAGUGGCGAGGAGGAUGGUAAUGCCACUGAUGUGGCACAAGACGAGGAUCCCCCCGAUAAUUCGAUUUAUCCCCAAGUUCGCGCUUCAGUCGCUCCAACCGAUAAUGUCACCCUGUCUAUCAACACCCCUCGCAUGUGGAUUUUGUCCUGUCUGUUCUCGAUUCUUGGAUCUUCAACCAAUCUCUUUUUCUCUUUACGAUACCCCAGCGUUGCGAUUACACCUGUCAUAGCCCUGCUUCUUGUACACCCCUUGGGUCUCUUAUGGGAUUAUACGCUCAAACGACCUGAUGACCCUCUGGAGGACUUCAUAGAUGGCACGCGUGUCUCUAUAUUGACCCCGAGCACCGAGUCUUCGCCUAGUCUUGGAGAGGAGAAGAGGAGUUGCGCACAACGUCUACGGCUCUGGCUUGCUCAGGGGUCGUGGAACGAGAAAGAACAUAGUUGCGUCUAUGUGAGCAGCAAUGUCUCAUUCGGAUUUGCAUUCGCAACCGAUAUCAUUGUUGAGCAGACCCAGUUCUAUAAGCAGGAGGUUGGCAUAGUCUAUCAACUCCUGCUCACCUUAUCCACACAAAUACUGGGCUAUACGUUUGCUGGUUUGGCAAGGAGAUUCUUGGUCCGCCCAAGCGGUAUGAUAUGGCCCGGUACCCUCAUGUCAGCAGCCAUGUUCACCACACUCCACAGGGAGCAAAAUGAACCCGCAAACGGGUGGAAGAUUAGUAGAUGGAACUUUUUCUUCGUCAUCUGGCUUUCCGCUUUCGUCUUCUAUUUCCUCCCGGGGCUGUUGAUGCCAGCGCUGAGUUACUUCAACGUGAUCACUUGGUUUGCUCCAGAUAACGUCGUGGUCGCGAACUUAUUCGGGGUUGUCUCCGGCCUGGGUCUGUUUCCAAUCACAUUUGACUGGGCGCAAAUUGCAUAUAUUGGUUCUCCCUUGCUUACUCCUUUCUGGGCUUCCUUGAAUGUCAUUGGUGGCUUGGUGAUAGUCAUGUGGGUUAUCGCCCCAAUCGCAUACUACUGCAACUUGUUUUACUCAUCUUAUAUGCCCAUUCUUUCCGCUUCGGUAUUCGAUAAUAGAGGACAAAUUUACGACGUAGGAAGAAUUCUCACUCCUGAUUUCCUCUUUGACAGGGAUGCGUACUCAAAAUACAGCCGUGUGUACCUGCCUAUCACUUAUGUACUUAGCUAUGGACUCCAGUUCGCAGGUCUAGCAUCACUCCUGACACAUACCGCGUGCUGGCACGGGAAAGAUAUCUGGACACAGUGGAAGAAGUCUCUCAAGGAGGCAGGGGAAGAGAAUGAGCACGCUUACCAGCCCUUGCGGGACGAAGGAAAUGGGUUUGCGUCUAUCCGAAGAAGCGACAGCGGAACAACCUCCAACGCGAAUAUCGACGAUCUACUUAGCCGUGAGGAUGUUCACAAUCGUCUAAUGAGGAGGUACAAGGACGCACCAAUUUGGUGGUAUCUGUUGACAUUUAUAUCCAUGACGGCGAUUGGUAUCUUUGUCGUGGAAUAUUAUCCUGUUCAUUUGCCAUGGUAUGGGCUGCUGCUUGCUCUAGGAAUAUGUUCGAUACUCUUUAUACCUAUUGGUAUUGUUAUGGCAGUGACAAAUCAGCAAUGCAGCAUCUAUCUCAUAUGUCAACUGAUAUGCGGUGCGGUGUUCCCAGGGCGUCCGGUCGCUAAUAUGGUCUUUGUGACCUACGGAUACAUCUCUUCUGCACAAGGAAUCAAAUUCGCGGCAGAUCUGAAGCUAGGACACUACAUGAAGAUCCCGCCUAGGAUCCUAUUCAUGGUUCAAAUGGUAGCCACAAUCAUCUCCUCGGUUACGCAGAUUUCCGUGUUGAACUGGAUGUUUCGGAACGUUCCGGGCAUCUGCACCCCUUCGGCCAUCAACGGCUUCACCUGUCCCAUUGCCCGCGUUCACUUCAACGGCUCGAUAUUGUGGGGUGUUGUUGGGCCAGCGGAAUUUUUCGGGCCCGAUGCAAUCUACAGGCCGCUGGUGUGGUGCUUCUUGAUUGGCGCAAUCGCUCCCAUCCCACUAUGGUUACACGGCCGUCGCAAGAAGCACAGCAUUGUGCGAAAGAUCAACCUCCCGGUGCUGUUUGGGUCGCUCAGCUGGAUUCCUCCGGCAACAGGACUCAAUUUCUCGGUUUGGGCGGCGGUCUGCUACAUCUUUAACUAUCUGAUCAAGAAUCGAGCGAACGCCUGGUGGGCGAAGUAUACAAUGACACUUAGCGCGGCACUGGAUUCAGGCUUGGCGUUCGGCAUCGUCGUCGUAUUCUUCGGUUUCAUUUAUCCGGGCUGGAUGGACAGCUUCACUUGGUGGGGGACGGAAGUCUAUAAGCAGGGAUGCGACUGGCAGGCCUGUGCAUACCGCACGGUGCCGAAUGGGUCUCAUUUUGGUCCCGGCUCCGGCUGGUAGAUGAAGGCAUGGCUUAUGAGUGUGUAUAAUUACAUGUGAAGAUGGGGAUGGAGACGAUUGUCGCAUGGUUGUUGGAUUGAGAGGUUAGCAUUAUCUGGCGUUUGUUUGGACUCAUUGCUAGAAAAGCGUCUGUCUUUAAGGGACAUAUACAUAUACCAUCUCACAUAGAUCUACAAGACUAGAAUACCAUUCAACACGCAGAUUCUUGCAUAUUCAAGGGCUCUUUCUUCCAUAUUGCUCGGAGGAUACAUGAUAGCAUUAUUCAGAUAUGACUGCCCAUACUUUACUGGAUGGACCGU